AUGGUAGUCCGAAUCUUAGAAGCAACCUACCGUCGUAAAGGAAUAUUUUCUAGAACCACAUUACUUUUUGCGAAGAUGAAAGGUGGUGUUAACAUGGCUGCCGAACAGAAUAGCUCUCAGCUGUUCCAGCUCCCCUGGGAGAUUAGAGAGCAGAUUUAUGCGUACUAUCUCUCAUUCGACCUCGAAGACUUUGGCGACACCUUACGGCCCCUGCAUCUCUAUAUUGAGCAAGAGGGAUAUGCGAAACCUAUACCUCCACUGAUGCUCACAUGCAAACGAGCAUACCGAGAGGUUCACCGGCAAGUCCACUCUGAUGCCGUUAUGAGAGUGCAUACCGCCGGGUGGGGUGGUCCACGUGUUGGUUUUGCUGUUCAUGGGACCCUUCGAUUCGAACGCCUUCAACGACUCUAUGUUCUCGUCGCCAUGGAGUACCCAAACUGGAAUCGCUGGCUUGGCAUGUUCAGUGAAGUCUCACAACGAGCAACCAACCUUUCCGAACUCGUUAUCGAUUGGGAACCUAGGCCAAGCAGUGGUAGUAUUAAGGGGUGGGAGGCGAAGCUUGCAGAAAAAAAACAAAAUGAAUUUUUCAACAUUUUGUCAGGCUUGAAGAAUCUUCAAGUCAUUAGAUUCCAUGGUGAAAUGCCAACAGGAUGGAGAGAGCGGUUUGAGAAAGAAACGCCAGCCACGCUGUUUUCCUAUCGGUUCAAAUGGUGGAAGGAAAGUGGUAUGGAAUAG